GAGUGACACCACGAGAACUUCCGCCCUUUUCUUUCACGGAGGCUUAUAUUUGAUUUGGUCAAAACAACUUGAUCAAGUCGAGAUUGAUAAGUAUGAAAUGCUAUCGUUUUAAUGAAGGAAAAUGUUUGAAAUAAAAGUGGGCUCAAGAGAAUAAGCUUGAUAGGGUUAUCUGAAUUUGAUUUUGAGCAUAGUGAUUUGAAGAAAAGGACUGGCAAUGGAAACUUAGCAGAAACGUACUGCCAACGACAUACUAAAAUAUGAAAAAUUAAAGAGCAUUAAAAGAAAGAUUCGCUGUCGAAUGUUUUGUCCUUAGAACUAAAAUGCAGAUAACCCAUUACCAAAUCCAAUUGACUCUCUUUCUCGAUCUCGGCACAGUCUCACUGUAUAUACAUACAUAGGCAUAAAAUGUUUGCUUCUCUUUUCUUUGUGGGUAAGUUCCAUUUUAAUUUUUUUUUUUCUGCUUUUUCUUUCACUAAACCCACAAUGGGAAUGGUGGAAAAAGGGUUUAUGGACGAAUAUGUAAUUAUCUGAAUUUGCUAUUAAUUUAUUAUUUUGAAAUAUACACAUAUAUAAAGCACGCUCCUUUUCCCUUUCCUUUUCCUUUUCCAUUAAUUCCGCUGCUUUCUGUCCACUGAGGCUAUUCCUUUCACGCCUUUCUUCGUGUUCAUCCAUCUUAUUAACACAUGAGCAGGGUACAGAGCUACUUUUCCAGUCAAGUAAAACGGAAAGAAUGAACAUGAGGAGGCUUCUGGGAUUAAAAUGGAUACAGUUUUGUAAUCUGUUAAAGUUUUCUCAACCCACUUCUCAGAAAACUUUGCGGGAUAAAGCAAUAGCAGUGGCAGGUAGAGUUACUGUAAAGAAGGACGGAGAACAUUCGAAGGUUUCUUGUCCUGUGUGUUUGAAUGUAAUUCGGGCGCCCCUUGAUUCUGAUUUGAGGAUGAUACUAGCAGUGCACUUGAGUCUAUGGCACCCUGACGAUGUUAAGUUGCAGUGGGAAAUUAUGCAGAACAAAAACCAAUCGAAUCUUCAUAUGCCUUCACUUGUCAUCGGAGUUGGAAUUGCUGCUGCGAUUGGAGCACUUUUAUCUCUUUCAGCAAAACAUCAUCCCCGACCUUUUCCUGCUAAGACGGGAAGAUAGAGAAUAUUAAAGUUCGUUUAGUACUGAAUGAACGUUUUAAGUGAUUCUGCAUCAAAUUUACCCUUACUUGGUGUGAUUUAAAUUAUUUUAAGGGGCUCUUUUUUAUCAAGGAGAAUUUUAACUGAGAUUGAUUCGAGAGGCAGACAAAUUCAAGUCGAUACUGGACUGAAAAAGUGUCCAGUUCUGCAUGUCAAUGUUGUACUGCGAAACUGGUGUACUUUGAAUUAGCUUUUAAUACGUUAACUACAUUUGUUUUCUGUUCA